AUGGGACGUAAUACCUCGACGUUUGUCCCGAUUAUCACCGAAACAGGUCGAGCGCCACAAGAAGUGAUGACAUUUUGCGAGUGUUUCUCAACCGAUGAGAUGGACAUCUCGUCCACUCAUAAGCCGCGGAAGUGUACGGAUCUGUUGUGUCUCACGAUAUUCCUCUUGUUUUGGGCCAUUUUGAUCUUCAUCGCGUCGUUUGCAUUCGUGAUCGGCAGCCCUUCCCGUCUGAUCCACGGCUCGGACUCAUUCGGCAACACCUGUGGCCACAAGAAUGACAACAUGGAUGAGCUCCAGCUCUAUCUGUUCCAUUUGGACCAAAGCAACCCUCAGGAGUCGAUUAAGAUAUGCGUGAAGGAGUGCCCGAAGACUGAGAUGCAGAAUAUUGCAGACAUUUAUACCUUCUAUACGCGAACCCAGUCCUCGCUCUGCAGAUAUGACUACAACUUCACGUCCACCGCAUCCUUCUCUAUGGAGCGCCAGUUCUCCCGUAACGAUCAGGACAUGAGCCGACUGUCCAACGCCGGGCCCUGUCCUAAGCUACCCGUCCACCCAACGAAAGCCAUUCUCUACCGGUGUAUACCAGAGGUGGCCAUACUUCAGGGCCAGGCCUUCGGGCACACCGUCUAUGAGUUCAUCUCGAGUUACGUGCCGCUCAAGAAAGUGAUCAACGAUUUGAUUAACGCCUACAAAGAGAUCUCCUUAUCAGUGGUGGUGUCCAUUAUAUUCGCCUUUUUCUCGGCGUUUGUCAUACACUUCAUCGCCGGCAUCGCCUCCUGGGUAAGCCCUCAAACCCACCCAUACACCCCACUGACCACCACAUCUACUAUCAUCACAAUCACAGCGCUCACCGUAUUCUUCUGGUACGCCUACAUCGACAUCCGUCUGAACCUCAACGCACUGGACAUCGAGAAAACCAUACCAUUCCUCGAGGAGGACGCCGACAAUGAGACGAUCGUCCUAUGGAUAGCCAUCAUAACCACCAUAGUAUCGGUGAUCCUGUUGCUGAUCACGUGUGCGCUUAGGAGUCGCGUGCGGUUUGUGGUGGCGCUGUUCCGGGAGGCGGCCGCCUGUAUACGGGCGAUGCCACUCAUACUACUGCAGCCCAUUUGGACACUCCUAUCGCUGUUAAUAUUCCUGUUGUUCUGGCUGUCGGUGCUGUUGGCGUUGGCCACCGCAGAGCACGCCAAACAGGAGAAGCGCCAACUGUCGGCGCUCAGGCUGUCCGACCGGCAGAUGGAGUCCACGCAGACCCGGUUCGCCUCCUUUACCCUCAUUGACUACACGGACCCCUCGUGGGUGCAGUACAUGUGGUGGUAUCUAUUGAUUGCGUUCAUCUGGACCUCGGAGUUCAUACUGUCCUGUCAGCAGAUGGUCAUCGCCGGAGCUGUGAGUCAGUGGUACUUCACGCGCGACAAGAGUUCGCUGGGUUUCCCGAUCGGUGUGUCCACUAAGCGCCUCAUUUGCUACCACUUGGGAUCGGUAGCGUUGGGCUCAUUCCUGAUCACACUGUUUAAAGUGCCGCGACUUGUGCUGACAUACCUGCACAAGAAGUUAGGCCGAUUUGACAACUGUCUCGUCAAAGCUAUUGUCUAUUGCUGUAGUUGUGUCCUAUGGCUGAUCGAGAAGUUCAUCAAAUACCUCAAUCGCAAUGCCUAUACCGUCAUUGCCAUUGAGGGCCGCGACUUCUGCCCGUCCGCUCAGAUAGCCUUUAAUGCGAUCGUAACCAACGCUUUACGUGUGGCCGCCAUCAACAGUGUCGGCGAUUUUGUGCUCUUUUUGGGCAAAAUUAGUUGCGCCGCCAUUGGAGGGCUUACCGGCGCUAUGCUUAUGAAGAGUGGUGUCAGUGAUGAUAAGCCAUUCCGUAUUGUCGGAUCGUUAAGUACCCUGGGUGUUUAUAUCAUAUAA